AUGGCUAGAUCAGGUAUGUAAUAAGCCUUAAGUAUUAGUGGUGUUGAAACAAGAAGACAUGAGCCGGAUGUAUUUUAAGAAUAUUGUGAUCAAAUUAUGGACAAGCAGUGAAGUGAAAUAUUUCGAUGACGAAUUUGACAUAAAUCAUAAAGAGGGAUGAAAUCGAGUGUCAUGGGAAUACAGAGGAUAUGGGAUCAUUUGCAAAUGAAGGAGAUUGAUAUAUGAGAUUUUGGAGACGAGAUGAGUUGAAUAGAUGAGAGAAUGAUAAUACGGACCAUGACGACAAGACCGACACCAGGGGAAAAAAAGAUAAAGUACUAACAAUUUACAGGUAUUGCUGUUGGAUUAAACAAGGGACACAAGGUUGUCGCCAAGGAAGUUGCUCCAAAGGUCUCUUACAGAAAGGGUGCUUUAUCCAAGAGAACUGAAUUCGUUAGAAACAUCGUCAAGGAAGUUUCCGGAUUAGCUCCAUACGAAAGAAGAUUGAUCGAAUUGAUCAGAAAUGCUGGUGAAAAGAGAGCUAAGAAGUUGGCUAAGAAGAGAUUAGGUACCCACAAGAGAGCCGGUAGAAAGAUCGAAGAAAUGAACAAGGUCAUUGCUGAAUCAAGAAGACAUUAA